UCUGAAAAUGCGUGUGAAAAGACUUCAUUUAUGUUUCUGCGACAAGAGUUGCCUGUGAGAUUGGCAAAUAUAAUGAAGGAAAUAAGCCUGCUACCAGACAACCUUCUAAGAACACCUUCAGUUCAGCUGGUGCAGAGCUGGUAUGUCCAAAGUCUUCAGGAGAUCCUUGACUUUAAGGACAAAAGCUCAGAAGAUUCAGGGGCUAUUCACAGUUUUACAGAUACUGUGAUAAAAAUCCGGAAUCGACACAACGAUGUAAUCCCUACUAUGGCUCAAGGAGUAAUAGAGUACAAGGAAAGCUUUGGCAUUGAUCCAGUGACCUCACAGAAUGUGCAGUAUUUUUUAGACCGUUUCUACAUGAGUCGCAUUUCAAUUAGAAUGCUCCUUAAUCAACACUCUUUACUUUUCGGUGGGAAAAUUAAUCCAGCUCAUCCAAAACACAUUGGAAGCAUUGACCCUAACUGCAAUGUUGUUGAAGUUAUUAGAGAUGGCUAUGAAAGCGCUAAGAGACUUUGUGAUUUAUAUUACAUGAGCUCUCCAGAAUUCAUCCUUGAAGAGCGGAAUGCUAAAUCGCCAGGACAGCCCAUGCAAGUGGUCUAUGUGCCCUCACAUCUCUAUCACAUGGUUUUUGAACUUUUCAAGAAUGCAAUGAGAGCCACCAUGGAACAUAGUGCUGACCGGUGCAUUUAUCCUCCAAUUCAUGUACACGUCACAUUGGGAAAUGAGGAUUUAACUGUGAAGAUGAGUGAUCGUGGUGGAGGUGUUCCUAUGCGGAAAAUUGACAGACUAUUCAACUACAUGUAUUCAACAGCACCUCGUCCACGUGUUGAGACAUCACGAGCGACACCUCUGGCUGGAUUUGGUUAUGGCUUACCCAUAUCGCGUCUGUACGCACAGUACUUCCAAGGAGACCUGAAACUGUAUUCCUUGGAAGGCUAUGGGACGGAUGCAGUUAUUUACAUAAAGGCCUUAUCGACAGAAUCAAUCGAAAGACUCCCUGUAUAUAACAAAGCAGCCUGGAAACAUUAUAAAGCAAACCACGAAGCAGACGACUGGUGCGUGCCAAGCAGUGAGCCAAAGGACAUGACCACUUUUCGCAGUAUAUAG